GGGAGCUUGGGAGGCUGGAUGGAGAAGGGAUGCAGGAUGGAGGAGGGAUGCAGGAUGGAGAGGGGAAGGAAGACUGGCGUCCCAGAGCCCCCCGGGGCCGGGUCUCAGAGCCGGGCUAGUGUGUAUGGGCCGAGAUGGGGAGGACGGUAGGCUGGAGGGGCUUCGGAGGGCGGGCCACGUGCGCAGCCUUUUUAUCCCGGUUCAGCCCAGCUGCACCCACAUGCGGGGAAGUAUUUUGACUGACACGGGCCAAAGUUAUCCCGGAAUAAAGGCUGCACGCAUGUGCCGUCAACCCGGAUGUGAACUGGCGGCCAGCCCUGCUCCCCAGCCCCCUCUUCCAUCCCCCAAUCCCACCUACCCACCCACUACCACCUUUUCUCCCGGGCUGGCCUUCGCGGGCUGUCCCGGACCACUGAGGACGCAGCCAGACCAAACUCCAAGCCGUGCGGAUCCGAGCCGAGCCAAGCUACGGACUCCUGCUUCUGGGAGACUCAGAGAGCUGAGAGAGAGCGGGGAGACAGGGAGGCUUAGGGGACCCGGGGACUCCCCUUUCCCCAGCCUUCUCCUUGGGUCUGCACUGAGCUGGGAAAGGGGUCCGAGGCCAAACUCAGGCCUUUUAGUGAGUGUUACAAAUCAGCUUUUUUUUUUUAACCCAAUCCCAGAAACCAAGGUUUUUAUAGAGUUCUUCCUAACGUGUUUUGGCUCAAGACCCUUAUUCUUCAAAUGAGGAAACUGAGGACUCCGGAGCUGAAGCCACUUUUUCUCUAGCCAACUAGUACCAGUCAGCAGUGCUGGAUUUUAAGGAAAUGAUAUGACUUUAAGUUUAAAGACUAUAGGGUAAUCUAGCCUGCUUUUGCAGCUGGGGAAACUGAGGCUCAGAGAGGUAGUUUAAAUGCAACUGAAAAUCAUAGGAUCAUGAUUUAGAGCUAGAGGAGACUUUAGAUCUGAUUCUCUUCUCAGAAGAGGACAGACAGAAGUAAAGGGAUUGACCCAGAAAUACAGGUAACAGGAAGAACCGAGAUUUGAACUGAGGUCCUGUGAUUUGGCUUUUUAAAGUGGGUUAGGGUUGCUUCUUUGAUUUUCUCUUUCCUAGCCUGACUCCAAACUUCUUUCUUUCCAUUUUUUCACUGAGUCCCACACAGGACCUUCAAACUUCUGAGCCUCUUCUUCCGUAGCCCAACUUCCUGCGUUCUCCUCCCAGGGGCACUAUAUCUGCCUUAAAGAAAUUUCCCUACCCUCCUCUCCUCCCUUCCAGCACCCCAUUCAGUCCAUCUCCCUCCCUUUCCUUUUCCCAACCUCAGAUCUUUCCCCAUGCCCCUCACGGCUCCUGUGACGGGGGAGGGCAAGAGGACUGGGGCAGUCCGGGGUGGGCGCAUGGAUUUCCGGGGCAGAAAAUACGAGCGGGGAAGCAAUUGGUCGGAUCCCGAGGUAAUGGAGCUGCUCCAACUGUGGGCUGACAAGUCCGUUCAACUGGAGCUGGAGAGCUGUCUUCGGAACCAGCACGUAUUUAACCGGAUCGCCGAGGUGCUCCGGGACAAGGGGAUCCACCGGACCGGGGACCAGUGUCGGGAAAAGAUCAAGAAGAUGAAACUGGAAUACCGGAAGAUCAAGGACAGCAAUAAAGGCACUCGGGGAGGCCGCACGUGGAAGUUCUACGAGAUGAUGGACAGUGUUCUUACCAGCAGGCCUUCCGUCGCCUACAACCCCAUGAUGGACAAUGUGGUCACUCAGCCUGAGUUACCCGGAGCCUUGGUUGAAAGUUACCAUCAUCACUUCACCCCUCCCGACCUCCCCUUCGGUCAUUCCCAGCACCCACCAGAGCUGAUGGAGAUCAAGUGUGAGCAGGUGGAUUCAGAUGAACAAGAACUGACCCCUGAACCUCCUACUCCCAUGACCUACCAGCCAACCUCCCCCAAGGACCAGCAAAUAGAGCACUGCUUUCUGGAGAGGGGACAGAAUGACUCCCCCCUGUCCAGGGCAGAAAUUCCUCUCGAAACCAGUAUGUCACCUUCAGGUUUUAGUGACCCUAACCUAGCCUCCUCCUCCUCCCAGCUCCCAAGUGAAGGGCCCCAGCCUGAUUUUCCCACCGUGCACCGGCUCAGGAGGAAGUGGAAGGGCUUGAGGAUCCGAGACCCUGUGGACGAACUGCUGCUGAAGGUGCUGACAUCCCAACAGACCAUGGAGGAGAGAUUCUUGCAUCUGGAGGAGCAGCGGGUCCAGCUGGAACAGCGACGCCUAGAGGUGGAACGGGAUCACGAGUUCCGAAUGUUCAGCAUCUUUGGCCAGAUGCUCAGCAUCCUCAAGCAGGGAAGUGGAGCCUCCCCUGGCCCGGCAGCCCCGAUGUCUUGGCAGGGCUUUGGCUUGGCCCCCGAAGACCCCAAGAGAGCCAGAACGCCUCAGGGGCCAGAACAGACGUUCCCUGUCUUCUAUGGGCUGAGUAACCCUGGGACCAGACUCCAUCAGGGAAGCCCCUACCUCUCCAACCGAGGGAAUGACAUCAAAUUCAAAACUGGUAUCAAUGAUGAGGGCAAUGCAGCCUACUUCGCGGACAAAUAUGACGAAGACAAGAACCCCAGUGGCAUCAUUAAUUUUGGGAUCAGUGAGAACAAGCUCUGCUUUGAUCUGUUGUCCAAAAGACUGAGUCAGAGUGAUAUGCAUCACAUCGAACCUUCCUUACUACAGUAUCAAGACUGGAGAGGACACAUGUUCCUCCGUGAAGAAAUGGCUCGGUUCUUGACCUAUUACUGCAAGUCUCCCAAUCCACUCAAGCCAGAAAAUGUGAUCCUGUUCAAUGGCUGCGGCUCUGUCUUCUCUGCACUGGCCACAGUUCUGUGUGACUCUGGGGAGGCCCUUAUGAUCCCUACUCCCUUCUAUGGUGGAAUCGUCAACAGUACCUACCUCUAUGGGAAUGUCCAGCUGGUCUAUGCUCACCUGGACAGCAAGAUUACAGAGACCAACACCCGCCCCUUCCAACUUACCGUGGAGAAACUGGAAAUGGCCUUGCAGAGAGCCAGGUCUGAGGGGGUGCACGUCAAAGGUCUAAUUCUCAUCAACCCCCAAAAUCCACUGGGUGACGUCUACUCCCGAGGAGAGCUGUUGGAAUACUUGGAGUUUGCUAAGAGGCAUGAGCUGCACAUCAUCCUGGAUGAGAUUUACAUGCUGUCAGUGUUUGAUGAGUCAGCCACAUUCCACAGUGUGCUAAGCAUGGACAGACUACCGGACCCUCAAAGGACUCACGUCAUGUGGGGGAUCAGCAAGGACUUUGGAAUCUCUGGGAUCCGCCUUGGCGCACUGUACACAGAAAACAGGGACGUGGCCAGUGCCGUGGCCAGUCUGUGCUACUUCCAUGGCAUAAGUGGUAUCAUCCAAUACCAGAUAGCUCAGCUGCUGCGGGACCAUGAUUGGAUCAAUCAAGUUUACCUGCCGACUAACCAGUCGAGGCUCAAGGCUGCCCACACCUACAUCACGGAUGAGCUAAAAACUCUGGGCAUCCCUUUUCUCAACCGCAAUUCUGGCUUAUAUGUCUGGAUAGAUCUCAGGAGGUACCUACACACGGGCACCUUUGAGGAGGAGCUGUUGCUGUCUCGCCGUUUCCUGGAAAACAAAGUGCUGCUGCACUGUGGCAAGAGUUUUCAGUGCUUCGAGCCCGGCUGGUUCCGUCUGGUCUUCACAGACAAGAUUCACCGGCUGCAACUGGGAAUGCAGAGGUUCCGGCAAGUACUAGAGCAGCAGACUCAGGAGCUGCAGCAGAAGUUGUCCCUGUCCAGGCAGCCUUGGGGGCAGGAAGACCAGGCAGACGGCACUGAGGAGUCAGUGUUUCUCCCCGUCCAGCAAGGGCCAACAAAUGGCACCAAGACAAGGGACCUAAUCGGGCUGCUUCAGCAACAGCUGUGCCCGUCUGCCUGGCUGCAGAAGGGCUCCCUGGAGCAGCUGACCCAGGAGCAUCCCGGAGCCUUGGAUGUGUUUAACCAGCUAGCCAGCAAACAGUAGGGACCACAGGAGGGGCCGAGCAGCGGUGCAGGGACGAAGCUUCUUUUGGAUCUGGGAGUCCCCCGCUGCAAACAAGAGUGAAAGAAGUCUUUGUCUGAGCCAGUCUUGGAGACUUCUGAAGAACACACGUCUUCCAUCCCUCUCUCCCGUUGUCCAAGAGGAACCACUUGAUGUAUUGGUUUGGGGGAAGCAAUCACUGUAUUCUCUGUGGCUCUUCUAAGUCUUCUAGGACUCUUAGAAGUGGGGUGAGGGGUCAGGUCUUGUGCUCUAGUCUUUCUUCUUAAGUAACUUUGAAGAUGGUUGUUUUUCUAUCUGGUGUUCAUUAAAUUUCUGGUUCACUUUUCAAAUUUCUA